CAGGUAACUGGUAAGUGUGGAUCUGUUACUGUGAGGUUAAUUCCAGCUCCCCGUGGUACUGGAAUCGUAUCUGCUCCUGUACCUAAAAAACUUCUUCAGAUGGCUGGUAUUGAGGAUUGUUAUACUUCAGCUAGAGGUUCAACUGGUACAUUGGGUAAUUUCGCUAAAGCUACUUAUGCAGCCAUAGCUAAAACAUAUGCUUACUUGACACCUGAUUUGUGGAAAGAUAUGCCUUUGGCUAAAACUCCUUAUCAAGAAUUUGCUGACUAUUUGUCAAAGAAUCAUCGCCCGGUUACUGGACCUUCACCUUUUUUCUUGAAAUAG